AUGAAACAAACUAUACUUCCACAAGAAAGGGCACCUGAUGCCAGUCAUCUUAUCUGGAGUGAGAGAAUGGCAUGCACAUUCUCCUUGAACAAGAUGCAUGCCUUUCUUGAAGGAUCAUUUGGUGAUGCAAUCCAUACGUUGCGGUUGAUGCAACAAAUUGAGCGAGAUCCCAUAUUACAGGUAAAGAGUAACUACUACGAAAUGUCCAGAGAGGAGCACCGCAAAAUUACUGCUGAAAAAAUUGCGAGGUUGGCUCAAUUUAUGGAGGAGGACUCUCCUAAUUUCCAGGUUUUCCAAGACCGGUUGAACCUAAUUGCCAUGAUUGAUCCACAAUUGGGGACUAGAGUUGGGGUCCAUUUGGGGUUGUUUCUAUCUGCAAUUAGAGGAAAUGGAACACAAGAACAAUUUGAUUAUUGGGCAUUUCAAAGAGGUGCCAUUUUAAUGAAGGAUGUAUAUGGUUGUUUUAGUAUGACGGAGAUUGCCCAUGGCUCGAAUGUGGCUGAAUUGGAGACUUUAGCCGAAUAUGAUAUUGAGAAGAAGGUGUUUAGAAUAACCACCCCUCAUAUUGGUGCUACCAAAUGGUGGAUUGGAGGUGCUGCACAUUCUGCGACACAUACGGUUGUUUUCGCACGAUUGAUUGUUAAGAAGAGGGAUUAUGGAGUGAAGACGUUUGUUGUUCCCUUGAGAGAUGUGAAUCACAAUUUAUAUCCAGGUGUUUCUAUUGGAGAUAUUGGGGAGAAAAUGGGGAGAGAUGGUAUUGAUAAUGGAUGGAUCCAAUUUUCCAAUGUGAAAAUUCCAAGGGAAUAUAUGCUUUGUAAAUUUUGUAAAGUUGACGAAGAUGGGAAUGUCGAGGAGCCACCUUUAGAGCAAUUGGCAUAUGGUGCCUUAUUAGGUGGUCGGGUUACAAUGGUGACUGAUUCAUUUAGAACUGGGGAGAGGUUUAUUACUAUUGCAUUACGUUAUUCUGUUGGUCGGCGGCAAUUUACUGUUAAGGGGAAAUCUUUUGAGAACCAAUUGAUCAAUUACCCUCUACAUCAACGAAGACUAUUACCUUAUCUUGCAUGGGUUUAUGGUAUGAGUGUUGCCUCGUAUCAAAUUCAAAGAGAUCAUAAGGCUGUUUUAAAUGGUCUCGAGGAAGGAGUUCGAAGUGGGGAUAUCAAGGUGAUUACAAAUGCCAUUGAACAAUUAAAGGGAUUAUUUGCCGAUUCUGCAAGUUUGAAGAGUACCUGUACUUGGUUAACUGCAGAUUUGAUUGAUGAGGCUAGACAAAGCUGUGGAGGUCAUGGAUAUUCUGCAUAUUCUGGGUUUGGCAAGGGUUAUGCAGAUCAUGUAGUUCAAUGUACUUGGGAAGGUGACAAUAAUAUAUUGGCUCAAAACAGUGGCCGAAUUACCAUUCAAAAGGUUUUACAGAUGUUGAAGAAUGGGAAAGUUGGUGGAACCAAUUAUCAAUUUCUUUAUGAUGCCAAGAGAGAAGGUGCAAUUUUGGAGAGGUUGGAAGAUUAUAAGGAUUUGAAGAAAUUGAACUUGGCGAUAAAAUCAAUUAUUCUAAGAAUCUCAUUAAAUGCAAUUGACAAGCUAAACUCCAACGGUAAGAAUUGGGAUUUAAUUGCUAAUGAUAAGUUGAGUCUCUCUAAAUUAUACGCCGCUGAAUACAUUUUGGAUAAAUGGAUCUCAAGAAUUGAUGAAGUUGAAGACGAAAAUGUUGCUCAACAAUUGAAAAACUUGGCUGUCUUGUUUGCAAUUUCAAAUAUCGAUAAAUUUGGCCUUGAAUUUCUCAAAUUCAAAGUUGUGCUUGAUCAUGAUAUACUUGAAAAGGCCCAAACUGAAUUUUUACAAAUUGUCCGGAAGGAUGUCAUUCCCUUGACGGAUUCGUUCAAGUUGAGCGACUUUUUCAUCAAUUCUGUUCUUGGUGGGUACAAUGGGGACAUUUAUAAUGAGUACCUUGAAACUGUUAAAAGCAUGGAUCCUUACAACAAUGGUAAACCUCCUUAUGCUACAGAAUUUCUGGCCAUGUUGAACAGGGGCGGUGUUGAAGAGCGUGAGAAAUUCCAAAAGAGUCCCGAGGUUUUGGCAAAACUUUGUGGCAGUAACGAUGAUGACGAUUAA